AAACGUUAUGGUCCCGCCCACUGGUGACGCUCCAUCCGGGUGAUGCUCGGGUGGUUCCCGGAUGAGGAGAAUGGAGUCGGCUUUAGAUCUGCAGCUUCGGGAGACAAUGAAGAAUCCAGCGAUUAUUGGGGUGCUUUGUGCUGAUGAGCAAGGCCUGAAUCUUGGCUGUCGUGGGUCACUGGUUGAUGAACAUGCUGGAGUGGUGUCGGUCCUUGCACAGCAAGCAGCAAAACUGACUACUGACCCAACAGAUGUGCCAGUGAUUUGCCUGGAGUCGGACAGUGGGAAUAUCAUGAUUCAGAAGCAUGGAAGCAUUACCAUUGCUGUACAUAAGAUGACAGUUUAACAAGCGUUUGGGAGUUGGAAUGUCGCCAUAUGAGAUAUAUCGACUUAUCAGCAUCAGAGUCCAUGGGCAAGACCUUCUGAGCUUUCCAAAGCCAGUUUCUGACUAUGACGAGUUUCUGGGUUACUGCUGUUUUAGGAGCUGGGUGAGAAAGUUAAAAUAUUUUACUCAUCCUCAUGAUGGAUUGAUUUGAAAUUAAACACCAACCAAAUUA